UUCCAACUUGAGUGGUCUUAGCCAAUUGCGAUUGGUCAUCCAUAAACCAAGUCUGGAGACCUGUACUCCUACCACUGAGUACAAAUACGACUCCAUUUACGAUGAAGGGCCCAACAUACACGCUCCCACUCGGUGAAUAGAAUCUUGAAAGCUUAAUGGCUCAGCCCAUUCUCAUCGUUGGUGCAGGCCCUGUCGGUCUAGUACUCGCUCUUUCACUUCUCCAAAAUGGCGUUUCCGUACGAAUAAUUAACAAACAGCUUUCUCAUCCAGUUGGUCAUCGUGGAUCUGGGCUUCAGCCCAGAACGUUAGAACUCUACAAACUCCUAGGUAUACUACCUGACAUCCAAAACCAGUCUGGACCAUUUCCACCGAUGAAAGUUUAUACGUCGCCAGAAGGACCUGAACCUGUGAAGGAGUUUAGUAUGAUUGAGGAUUUAGAGGCGACACCUGAAUAUCCUCUCGUCAAUGUAGCAAUGUUGAGUCAGGACCGACACGAGGCUCUCAUCCGCGACGUCCUUGCGAAGAAAUACAACACACAUGUUGAGCUUGGCACAGAACUUAGGUCGUUCGUACAGAACCGUCAUACGGGUCAAGUCGAAGCACGUAUCGUCAAACUCGUUGAUGGGAAUGAAGUAGAAGAAGCGGCUAUUUACGACUUUCUAAUAGGAGCGGAUGGAGCGCGGAGUGUUGUUAGGAAACAAUUAGGCCUUACGUUCCUUGGAGAGUCUCGAACUGAGGCGAGUAUGAUCGUGGGGGAUUUAGAGGUUAAGGGAUUGCCGGACAGGAAGUAUUGGCGUGGUUGGGCUGAUGGUCAAAGAAUCUUCGUGUCUCUCCGCCCCUGGGAAACCGAUGGAGACCUUUACAACCUCUUAAUCGCGGGCUCAGAAGUUGACGUUACCCGUCUCGCCUCUAACAUCGAAGAGAUGAUCAGGAUGAUCAAUGCUACCAUCGGCAGGGAACUCGAAUUCGGGGAUGUUCUGUGUUCAGGUAUAUGGACGCCCAACAUCCGGAUGGUAGAUAGGUUUGGUGAGGGAAGGGUGUUUGUGGCUGGUGACGCUGCACACGUACAUAGUCCUAACGGCGGUCAAGGCAUGAAUUCUGGCGUACAAGACGCCAUCAACCUAGGAUGGAAACUUUCUCUCGUUCAGAAAGGCCUGGCCCCUUUGGGCCUACUCACCUCGUAUAACGACGAGAGACUUUCGAUUAUCGCUGUGAUGCUCAAGAAAACGACAUUGCUACUCGAUAAAACGAUGUCUGUAAAUUGGAAGGAAACGGAAGAUACGGAUAUGUUUGGGUUCAAGAAAGGGUUUGAGAUGAGACAGUUGGGGGUGAACUAUCGAGGGAGUCCGAUUGUUGUGGAUGAGAGAUAUUCGGGUUCGAGACUGGAGGUGGUUGAUCCGUACAAGGGUGGGCUAGAUGGGAGAGUGAGGGCUGGGGACAGGGCUCCUGCCGCUGGUGGUCUUGUUUGUGUUCCAGCGGAGGAAACUGGGGAGAUGACAACGACUCUGUUUGACGUGUUCACGCCGUCGAAGCAUUCCAUGUUGGUUUUUGCGAAGGAAGGGCGAGAUGACUCUGAGGUGGAGCAGGUUCUGGGUGUGGUAAAUACUCUGUUUCCGGAGGGUACGGUGCAGACUAUUGUCUUGUACCCGUAUUGUCAGAAUCACAAUGUGGCUGGGACUCGAGCGGACUGGACUCUCGUCGAUAAAGAGGGGUAUGCGUUCAAGCAUUAUCAUUAUAGCGUCUACGCUGAGGAUCGGUGGAAAAUGGUCGUGGUCAGGCCGGAUGCGUAUAUCGGGGCGAUUGUGGAGGGGGAGGAAGGCUUGCGUGAGUAUGUGAAGUUGGUGUUCGGAACUCGGUGACUAUGGUUCGAGGUUGAUUAGAUUAUUAUUUUUCUGUAUCUCCUGAAGAGCACUAGGAUAUGUAUUCUUGUAUUUGAAAUGGACCGUUUAUUCAAACUUCUUGCUGG